AUGUCUCUUUUCAAGAACGUCACACGGACCAUGGUUGAUAUCAAAAUCAGCCAACACAGCAGUGCUCGUGCCAUUUUGCAUCACAACAAACAAUUUGUUCCCCACAAUUCCAAUGAAGAGUCACAAAUGCAUCACAAAGUCGGUGUUGUUUUCGUUGCAGGAGUUGGAUCUGGCGUUCUAGGACCUUGCGGAAGCUAUCAAACCAUGUCUGAUAUGCUCGCAGAGGAGUAUCCAAACGUCUAUGCUUUGAGAGUAGAUAUGCAAGACACUUCUGAUAUGGAUGGUUGUGUUAAGGAAUGUCUUCAUGCCUCAAAAUACCUUGCAAAAGAAUGUGGUGUGAAAAAAGUCAUUUACAUUGGGUGGAGUUUUGGUGGUGCUGUCGUCAUUCGAGCUGGAGUGUCGGACACGAGCAUGGUUGCAGGUGUAGUGACACUGGCAACACAAACCUAUGGUGCUACUUCCUCAAUAUUGAAAUAUCCAGUUGAUCUUCCAAUCUUGUUCAUUCAUGGUACACAAGAUACGUGUUUGUCAUUCAAGUGCUCCAAACAAUUGUUUGAAAUGUGUUCGAGUACCAAGAAGGAGCUUCAAUUAGUAGAAGGAGAUAAUCAUGGAUUUACCAAUGACAUUGAUGGCUUGGUAAGAAGAGUGACUCAAUUUUGCAAGAAAAUUAUUGAGGAAUACUCAACAGAGCGUGCCUUGUAG